AAAUCUGUUAUAUUUUCUUUCUCUUUAUCUAGGAAUGAGCUCUCAGUAGACAAAACUAAAAAGAAGAAAAGAAGAGAACUGACUGAGGAACAGAAGCAAGAAAUUAAAGAUGCCUUUGAGUUAUUUGAUACAGACAAAGAUAGAGCAAUAAAUUAUCAUGAAUUAAAGGUGGCAAUGAGAGCCUUGGGUUUUGAUGUGAAAAAAGCUGAUGUCCUGAAAAUACUUAAAGAUUAUGAUAGAGAAUCAACAGGCAAGAUCACCUUUGAAGAUUUUAAUGAAGUUGUGACAGACUGGAUAUUGGACAGAGACCCGCAAGAAGAAAUACUCAAGGCAUUCAGAUUGUUUGACGAUGACGACUCCGGUAAAAUAAGUCUGAGAAACCUGCGCCGGGUUGCUAGAGAAUUGGGUGAAAAUAUGUCUGAUGAAGAGCUGCGGGCUAUGAUUGAAGAAUUUGACAAGGAUGGAGAUGGAGAAAUCAAUCAAGAAGAAUUUAUUGCUAUUAUGACUGGAGAUAUUUAGCAUUUGAAGAAGAGGAAUUAACCCAGCAUAGAAGGAGGAGUUGUUGGCAGCUUCCAUUACAAUGUUUCAUACUUUCAUUCAUUUCUGUAGCUGGAGUGAUGCAGAAAAUUCCUUUUAUUGUAGGACCAAAAUAAGGACAGGUCACAUGCACUGAUAAUUCAGUACUUUAUAUCAUUAAAUAUUAUCACUAGAAUAAUUGAUAUAUUAUUAUAGAAUGAGUAAGUAAUGAUGCAUUUUGGAACGUUUGUGUAAUCAUUUGUAAAACAGGCUUGUAUCAGAUUUCUAAAUUGUAUCCUAUUAUAAGAACCUUCUGAGGUUCUUGACUUUGUGUUAGCAUUAGAUGUGGCCUUAGUUUUGAUACAUAAGGUUUGACAAACUUCCAUUUUAAUAAAAUGUUCUUUAUUAUUA